AUUUCAAGCCAGGUUAUUCGUUUCUCUUGAAAUUCAUCGGAGGAGUCGCGGGACAAUAAUUUUAGUUUUUAAUAACCUAAUCCCGAAGGAAAAAUCUAUUAAAUUUGGCAUCUUAAGAGUCAGAUUAAAAUAUUCCGCCAAAUUUGCAUGUUGUAUAAAGGCAUUGAUCAAAGCUUAAAAAUUGACUCACCUGCACUUGUUUGCAUUGUCGUCAUGGGAGACUUACAAAAUACGACGAAUGUUCUCAGUUACUUCACCAUCUGCAACCAGAAUUCGUUUAUUAUCAGUCGCGUAGAACAUUAUCUUUUCAUGUUGCUCGUAAUAUCAAGCAAAGAUCUUUGAUCAUACCAUUUCGAGAAUGAGCCCUAUCUCGACUGUCAUAUUGUGGAAGUUCGUCGUAUUGUUGAAGGCCGCCCAAUUUUCCACAGAGCAGUUUGCAAACACUGGACAGUUGACUUUAGAACCUGGAGAAACCCUUCUUAUAAACACAAGUGAACCGUCCGCGUCAGUUAUAGAUAACAAAGGGAACAGAACAGAUUUGCUCCUGUUGGCGGAAUCUAACCACUCCUUUAUUAAUCAGCUUGGAGACUCACGCGAAUGGAAAUAUGGCGUCGCGCGGCUCGUGUUUGUCAAGGAUAUCAUCUUAAAUUCCAACUCCACCGUGAAUAUAUCCGGCGAAAAUGCUUUAUCUGUCGAAUCACUUGAAGGAAAUAUAGUUCUUAAAACUAUGAUCGAUUUAUCAUGUGCAGCGACUGAGCUGGACGGAAAAUGUGUUGGAGGAUACAUGCCCAUCGGCAAACCCAAAGACUGGUUAGCACCUGUAAUACCAGGAAAUGGACCGGGUGGCACGAGCGAAAAUUACCUGAUGUAUUGGUACUCGCAAUGCAUUGGUGGAAGUGGCCACGGUGGCAAGGGUGGAUACCCUGCGUUUCAGGAUGUCCAGGUUAAAGGCUACAGUGGUUUGGAGUAUGGAAAGAAAGACACUCACGUUCUACUUGGAGGCAGUUCAGGUUCUUAUCUGAAAUCUAUUGAAACAAUUACAAAACCUGGCCAUGGUGGUGGGGCUAUUCAGUUUGUGGCCAGAAGGGGAUCGAUAGAGAUUGAGUCAAAAAUCAAAGCUAAUGCACAGCAAACACAAGGGAAUUUCGAAAUUUACAGUGGCAGCUCAGGAGGGCUAAUCCGCCUAGAGGCAAACGAGGUCCAGGUCAAAAAUGGCGGGUCACUAGAAGUAAAUGGUGCUCAUGCGGGACAAACAGGUCAUACGCAAGCUAACUGGACUUCAGGCUCAGCGGGAGGUGCAGGAGGCAUUGUACAUAUCCUGGCCAGUGGAGUAUUCCUAUCGUCUGGCUCGAUCUCACUAAAGCCCGGGAAUUCUACAGGCUGUACAAACGUAGAUAGGGCAUCUCCAGGAUUUUUGUCGAUUAGAGAUCAUUCGGGCCAUCACAGCAUGUCCUGGAAUAAUGAUACGGUCUUUCCAAUCAACCCUGAAGGAUUUUCUUGGCCUAGCGCAAGCUCCAAAACAGUUUCGCUUCCCCCGGAGUCUAGUACAUUCAUUGUCGCUUUAAUCCAGCCAUCACUUACUCCAACCAAAACUGGUUCCAGCACAUUUCCAAUUGCUUCUUUUUCUACGACAGAGGAACUUAUUAUAGCUGCCAGUUAUAGUUCAGAUUUCCCUCGACAAACUAUGUUAGAAUCACAUAGUGCAGUGUACACAUCGUCUGUCGCCGAUCUCACUUCAAACCAACUUAGACAAUUUGCCACUGAUGUUAGUCAUUACUCAACUGCUACAAAGCUUCCAACUGAGCUAACUGUUGUAACAUCUGCCUCUCCCGUUGACACUGCGUCAGAAUGGGAAGAACUGUUGAAGAACGUAACAUUCCUUAAGAUUACCAUGGGAACCUCGCACAACAACUUCUGGAUAGAGGACAUUCAGAAGCUUGCACAGCGAUUCCAGACACUUGUAGAGAAAGAAACUCUUAUGGAAGAGUCUGUAGAACGGUUUCUACAAAUCCUUAACGAAUUUAGCAUCAUAGUUAACAUAAUACCUGGCGAGCAUCAAGAAACUAUGAAGAGCGUGGCUGCCUCACUGAUGACAACGGCAGAAUUCAGCUUUGAAAUGAAGAACGAAGAUGAAUGGAAAACAACAGACAAGCUCCCCACUGUGUUGCGUAUAGUGGAAAACAUCACACUGGCACUUGGGAAAACUACCACCGAAAAUCAACAGUUCAAGUUUGAGCAUUACUCCCAGAGGACUGUCGUUCAAGUUGUAACUUUUAAAAAUAAUGGAGACAGGAAGACCACGACACACUUCAUGCUACCAGACAUCACAAGAACAAAUCUGACUGUUUGGGAAGAUAUACAGGAUGCUGUAUUGAUACCAUUAGAUGGACAGCAAACUUUCAAAGACGAAUUCACAGUGUCCAUAAUAAUACACAGAAAUAUCAGCAACAUUCUACCAACUGGUUUUACUGAACGUACGGAAGAACAGGACAAUGAUUUUAAGGUGGCAUCUCACAUCAUCUCCUGUUCUAUACUUUACAAUUCUCGUUUGGUAACAAAUAUGACGUCCCCGGUUGAGCUGCAUUUCCAUCACCCGGAUAAAAGAAGUUUUCGUUCUCUCUGUGUAUUUUGGGAUCCUCGAGUUAGUGCUUGGUCUACCGAUGGUGUGAGGACCCUGCAAGUCAACAAGACACACACUAGUUGUCAUUCAACUCACUUGACAAGCUUUGCCAUUCUUACACAAUUCAAAGAAGUUAAGAUUCCUGAAGACAAUGAAUUAGCCCUCAGUAUUAUAACAUACAUCGGCUGCGGACUUUCCAUUGCCUGCCUGUUUGUGACCCUACUCGUUUAUCUCGCAUUUGAGUGAGUAUCUUUCAUUCUGUCUAACUUUAAGGACACGAAGUGUGGGAUCAAAAAGUUGAUUUAGCAUCAAACUUUGAUAAUGAAACUAGCGUCUCUUUGCAAUAUAUUGCAAGAUUAUUUACACUUUCAUGUGAAAAAAAAAAAACACAAAUUUAACUAACCUGUACUAUGAGGCACGAAUAAAUGCACCCCGAAAGACGCCUGUAUCUGUAAGUGCUAAGUAGCACAUGAACUUUUUCAGUUCACAUUAAUACUUUUAUUAUGCCAUUUUUGUCGCCCAAGGUAAAGGUGAGAUGAAUCGAGCGUCAGACAACGCAAGAGGACUAAACAGUUAUCAUAUAUGUUUCAUCUCUGUCCGUUUUUUUCACUCUUACCCAACUCAAAUAAUUAACAAUUAUUCACCGAAGUGGAGGUGAAUAGUGGUGGAUAUUAACCGAGCCGCGAAGCGGCAAGAUAAAUAUUCAUCACUUUCACCGACACUGAGGUGAAUAAUUGUUUUAGGAUAUACCACACAAGCUGAAUAA